CGACAACACGCCAGCGCCGCCAUGGAGGGCACCUUCAACCUAAAGACGGCUUCUGAGUACAUUAACAAUCUACUGCUCGCACGAGGCUUACUGCGCGAUGGAAAAAAAAUACAGUUUGCGCAUCCGUCGCGAGGAGAGGGCGGAAAGGAAGUCACCAUGGCCCAGAUCAUCAAUCUGGUGCACGACCUCAUACUGAAGCGAGACCGCGACCAGGAACAGCGGGAGACGGUUGCUGGCACGCUUCGAACCUUGCGCAGCGAAGCCACGCGCCAGACGCUCGCCAUCGAGAAGCUCCAAACGAAAAAUGCAGACCUCACGCGACAGGUUUCCCUGGCCCAGUCGCAGGAGCGCUCCGCGCGCGCUGCCCUCCGUGCCGCCGAAUCGUCUGCCCGCAGCCUGCGCGAAGAAAUGUUGCGAUUGAAGACGACCGUCCAACAGGUCCGGACCAGCUGCGCCAACGACGUGCGGAAGCGUGAAGUCCAGAUACAGCGGCUCAAGGGGCACUUGACAACCCAGCAACGCGGAAACAAGACUGGGCUGGUGGGCGCGAGCAUCACCAUUAACCCAGGCCUCACAGGCGCGGGCGGCAUGACUGCCAGCAUGCGCGACGAUGCGCCCGACGUGGACGACCCCGGAUACAGCCUGAAGCAAGAAACCACCGAAUUCCUCACACAGCUAAGCCAGAGCCUGAGCGACGAAAACGACAACCUCAUCGGCUUGGUCAGGACGGCCAUCGGCACAUUGAAAGAGCUGCAAGGCAUGCCCGAUGAGCGGAAUGAAGGUGAGGAUCUAUCUGCUAUCCGGGAAGAAGACGAAAACACCCAGCAAGGCAUGCUUCAUGCGCUACCCACGAGCUACGAAGCAUUGGCAACUGAGUUGGACACGCUGCUGGAGAAUCUGAAGCACCUUCUGACGAACCCCAACUUCGUGCCUCUUGAGGAAGUUGAGUCACGGGAAGAAGAGAUCAUUCGACUAAGAGCAGGCUGGGAGAAGAUGGAAACGCGGCUGAGGGAAGCCUUCAUGUUGAUGGAGACUUGGAGACGACGCAUGGCUAGCGGCGGCGAUACAAUCAACCUCGAUGAGCUCAAGCUGGGCCUCGGUCUCGGUAUGGGCUUGGAGAGCGUGAACAAUGAAGACAUGUCCAUGAUUGCUGAAGACGAGGAGGAGCUGGAGGACGAGGAAGGCACGAGCUCGGUCUUCGACGAAGAGGUAGACGGAGCAGAGGACGCAGACGAGCUACAAGACCCACCUUCCCCAGACGUGGACCCCCUGCCCGAAAAGAAGGCGGCAUCAGAGAUAUUCAGCUUGAAGCUGCAGCCAAAUCCGGCGGCGCUUAAGGAGACCAACGGCAAUCCCAAAUCGCCCGCUCGAUCGCCGCGGAAAGUCGCAUUUUCGGCGUCGAUCCCCAACACACCCUCUUCUCAAGUGGAGAUUGAAAACACAGAGGCAUCCGGGCUCGAGCUGGUCGGUAUGGAAAAGCCCAAGCGCCCAACAUCCCGUUCUGAAGAGCGCGUAUCCCGGCCAACUAGCCAGGAUGAACGGACUCCUCGUCAAGUACGUUGCGACAAGAUGGUAUCUAGCAUCUGCAAGAUGGCCAGCAAAGUCACUUUUUCUUCUUCUCCUUCCCUCUCCCCGCUCGGCUCAAUAAUCGAUCUCGCUCCUAACGAAGACUGGCAGGCCAACAAGCGGCUCUCGAGCCCACAUGCGCACCCAGACGAACCGUCGCCCAAGCUGACCGUGCAGGAUAAGCUCAAGGUUGCGCAGGCGGAGGCGGAAGCAGCCGCCAUUGCCGAGGGAUCAAAGGCCAGGACUGCCAAGAAAGAAAAGGACGACGCUGCAGCUGUAGGUGUGGAGCGAGAACGAGAGCGAAGGCAGAGGCGGCCGAGUCGGUCGUCGCCAAUGAAGACGCGGAUCGGUGGGCGGCCAAAGCGGAGAAAGAGCACGCUUACGCCUGAAGAGCUAGAUAAUCUGCUCGGUGUGUAGGUGUAAGCGACGCUCGAGCUGAGCUAGAUGUGGUGUACGAAUACAUG